CCUGUCUUCUCCAGCCCUGGGCCGCCUGGCCUCGGCACCUGCGAGUUCUCUGCGCCCUGCGGGGGGACUUCACCCGGCCGCCUGGGAAUUGGGUGUGGCGGGGUGGGAUGGACAGAGCCCUGCCCCAGGUCAGGCGUCGGGUACUUGGCUCUGGGGAGCCCUGAACCCAUAGGCCGGGGCGCUGCCAAUGUUUGGGUCCUGGGUUCUCCCAGCGCCCACCCUGGGCUCCCCUAUCCGUUGGUCCUUCAGCCCCAGGCGGUCCGCACUGCCCCGCCGGAAAUCCAGGGCCACCUCAGGCCCGGAUCCAGUGCUGUGUCCGGUGUGAGAGGCGCUCUUCGGGAAAACUCUCCUGUCACAGCCCAGCUGGAGAUCUGUGGGCUCUCUGUCCCCCCAAGGGGUCCCAGGCCUCCACGGCCAGGAUGCAGGGGACUCGAAACUGGCGGGCCGUGCAGGACAUGCGCAGGUACCGCCACCACUACCCGGACCUGGUAGAACGAGACUGCAACGGUGACAUGCCCAACCUGAGUUUCUACAGAAAUGAGAUCCAGUUCCUGCCGAAUGGCUGCUUCAUUGAGGAGAUUCUUCAAGACUGGAGGGAUGACUACGACCUCCUGGAGGACAAUCAUUCCUACAUCCAGUGGCUGUUUCCUCUGCGGGAACCAGGAGUGAACUGGCACGCCAAGCCCCUCACACUGAAGGAGAUCGAGGCUUUUAAAAGCUGCCCAGAGGCCAUGGAACGGUUCGUCCUGGCCUAUGAGCUCAUGUUGGGCUUCUACGGGGUAGAGCUGGAAGACCGAGGCACAGGUGCGGUCCGCCGUGCCCACAACUACCAGAAGCGCUUCCAGAACCUGAACUGGCACAGCCACAACAAUCUCCGCAUCACCCGCAUCCUCAAGUCUCUGGGUGAGCUGGGCCUGGAGCGCUACCAGGCACCGCUAGCGCACUUCUUCCUGGAGGAGACGCUGGUGCACCGGCAGCUGCCGGCUGUGCGUCAGAGCACGCUGGACUACUUUGUGUUUGCUGUGCGUUGCCGCCACCAGCGCCGCAAGCUUCUGCACUUUGCCUGGGAGCACUUCCAGCCACGCUGCAAGUUCGUAUGGGCACCCCACGACAAGCUGCUGCAGCUCCAGUCCCGCUCACCUCCCCACCAGCCCAGGAGCCACCUCUACGAAGCUGGUGCCCAAGGUCGGACCUGCGGGCCGGGUGGGGACAGUGUACCCCAGGAGGCGGAAUCCCCCAAAGGAGACCCGGGAGAUGCCGCCAGUCAGGUGGAUGCCUGCGGUGUGUGGGGACCAGAACCCUCAAGCCCCAAAGAGAGCAAGAAAAGGAAAUUGGAGGUGAACCAGCGUGAGCAGGCCCCAGGGGAGCCAGGCCUACAAAGCUCCUCAGAGGUGGAGAAGAUCGCCCUGAACCUGGAGGGGUGUGCUCUCAGCCAGGGCAGCCUCAGAGUGGGUGCCCAGGAUCCCGAGGAAGGCGAGCAGCCCUGCCCCCAGCCCAUGGGGUCAAAGGUGGUCGAUGAGAUCAGGAAGCGGCGGAAGGUGGAUGAAGGCACAGCCGCUGGUGGUGAGGCCCAGACACUGGCCGCCACCUGGCGUCCCGCUGCAUUGGAGGGGCCCGAGGCUGGAGAGGGCAAGAGUGAGAUGAGCGAGGAAGCAGAAGGCCGGGCAGGGGAGGAACAGAGUACUCCCAGGAGCCCCACAGAGGGCUCAGCCCAGGCCACCACCAGGCCCCCAGUAGACGAAGGGGCAGCAACCAAGGCGGGGCCUUCAGCUACACCCACAGAACCAUAGAGGAGGGGGUGCAGAGCUACACCUCCAGCCACCUGGAGGCCAGCCCUGCCAGGUGAGGGUUCUGGGCCAGGAUCCCAGGAGCCCUGUUGUCUGCUCUUUCCAGUGCCUGGCAGUGCUGGCCUCUCCUGGGGCGGGGGGAGGGGGUAGGGGUGUCACUGCAGCCCCCACCCCCGCCACCUCCGGGAGGACUGAGACCCCUCAGGGAGGUCAAAUGCGGACUUCAGAAUUCUUCUUACCUCAACUGAUUUCUGACUCUCUCCUUUUCUGCCCCAUGUUCCUCAUCUUUGUAAACUGAUCCUUAAGGACGGGGAGGGGAGGGGGGCUCAUUUUCUCAUUGUGGUGCCAAGGCCUUUUCUGAAUAAAUUCAUUUGACCUUGA